AUGGAUGGCAUACCAUAUGCUAACUGUGUAGGAUGUUUGAUGUAUGUCAUGGUGUGCACAAGGCCUGACCUGGCCUAUGCCAUGAGCAUUGUGAGUCGAUUUGUUGCUAAUCCUGGACAACUACACUGGGAGGUAGUCAAAUGGGUAAUGAGGUAUGUUAAAGGGUCCCUGAACAUGGGUUUGAUCUACAAAACAACUGAAAAAGGUGGAUGUGAGGUUGAAGGAUUCAUUGACUCAGAUUAUGCAGGCUGCAUAGACACUAAAAGAUCAUUGACAGGCUACAUAUUCACUGCUCUGGGUGGUUGCAUUAGCUGGAAGUCGAAUCUUCAAAAGGUUGUAGCCCUGUCAUCCACAGAGGCUGAGUACAUGGCUGCAACUGAGGCAAUAAAAGAAGCAUUAUGGUUGAAAGGUCUCUCAAAGGAACUUGGAUUUAGCUCUGAAGACAUGACAAUCCACUGUGACAACCAAAGUGCAUUGCACUUGAUGAAAAAUCCUAUGUUCCAUGAUAGGUCAAAACACAUUGACAUCAAACUACACUUUAUCACAGAGAUCAUUGCUAAUGGAGAGAUAAAAGUGAAGAAGAUCAGCACUGAACAUAACCCAGCUGAUAUUUUUACAAAAUGUGUCACUCAAACUAAGUUUAGACAUUGUUUAAACUUGGUCAACUUCAAGGAAACUGGUUGA